CCUAGUUCUCUACGAGAUGAAUUUUAAAAGUUUACUUGAAUUUCGUCUGUCUUCCCACGUGGGACCAUGGAUGUUGUCGACAUAAUUCUAGUAUCAUAUGAUUACGAAGUACCCCAGUCGUGAGCCUCCAUGGAGGAUAAUCAUCGUUACCGCGUCGACUAUAGCGAGAAUGUCGCGCCGAAGUAUCCAGCGGGGAACCACGACGGAAUUGAGGUAGUUCCUAGCGACUCUCCUUUCUAUCCUCAUCCUAUAUAUACCGCCCCUCCGGCGAACAGAGGCGAAGAGUGGCCCUCGGUGCCGAAGAGUUGGGCCGAUGCGCCGGUGUCAGCGGUAACAGCACCGGAGGAACAUAAUAAAGAAGAAAAGCGGCGGGUGUUGGGACUCACUAUCCCGCUAUUCUGGACAGUCGUCGUCAUUAUAGUUGUCGUUCUUGCAGCGGCUAUUGGAGGGGGGAUAGGCGGAGGCUUAACGGCGCAACAGAAAUCCAACACCAGUGCAUCAAGUGAUACGGAAAACGCGCCCCAAGCAUCCUCAACAUCGGCCUCGCCGGCUUCUGCAACAACGACAGCACCGGCCAACGGCCCUCUUCCCUCAGACGGCGGGUGCCCCCUAAUCAACGGACAAAGGUAUACGCCGUAUGCUGUAGAUGGUAAACCCAUCCCACUCGCGCAAGGCCUUGAGGGGCAACAGUUCCGACAACAAUGUUACACGAACUAUGUCUCGUCGGGAACAUCACAGACGCACGAUAUCCUGCGCAUAUUCAUGCCGACUCUCGAGAACUGUAUGAUGGCCUGUGCUGAGUACAACUCGGCGUACUACGCCAACUUGGGGAACGGGACCGGUGUCGGAGGCGGUUUCUGCGUUGCUGUGACGAUAGUUAAAGUCGAUGCUGGAUUUUGCUACUUGAAAAAUGGUACUAGUACGAAUGAUACUCUGGGCCAUCCGGAUACUUAUUCGAGUGCUGUGUUGCUUACCAAGAUCGAUAUACCGGAUUCUCAAGGGGUUUAGGGGGUAUCGCGACGGCUGUCUUAUGAAGUGAUAUCAAUUAUAGAGAAAGGCAGAUUAAUUUACAGCUCUGCAUUAAAAUAACUAUGUAGGUAAAUAUAAUGUACUUAUAAGAUA